AUGCCGCGUCGUUCUAAAAGCCGCGCAUCUGCUCCAUCGCCUCAAGCAAACGCCCAACCCGAGUAUGACGGAGGAGACACAUCACAACCCUUCAAUGAAGACGCUCUCUCCGGCGUUAUAUGUACUAUCUUGUACGGCCUGGCGGGAGUGUACCUGUACGAAGGCAAUGCUGCCUCAUUGUAUCGGAAAUCUCGAUGGUUCCGAGAGAUCAUCACAUACAACCUCGUCCCCAACUCCACGGCAAUAACAAUCACACUCGACGACAACGAUGACCGGGCGGUGUACGAUAUGCUCCGCUUCAUACACGAGCAGCCGCUCGAGGAGCUCCAUGCUGAAGGUCGAAGCGGCCUAAACACCGUCAUAUCUGCAGUCAACCUGUUCAAGCUCGCAGACAGGUACGGCAUUGCAGGACUGGAAGACGUGGCAGCGAAGGAGCGUUUCCCAGAAGCCUUGCUUCUAUAUCUCGCGCCCAGCGAUAUCACGGUGUGGAAUCCGCGCAAGGACGAAGUGAAGCAGGAACUGCUCUAUAUCAUCAAAAUGGUGUAUGCUAUGGCGAGCACUGUAGCCGAGCGCACUGAGCAUCCUUUGUGGGCGGCCCUGUGGGAGGCGGCUAUUCGUCAAGAUCUGGAUAUUGGAUCGAAGCCCUCCGGAACUGUUACUGAAGUAUCGCUGAACGCGGUACUGGCUGAGUUCAUGGCGGGGGAUCAUCUUGCGAGGUCUAUCAUGCCGUACCUCCACAUUGGCCACUCUUGA